AUGUCGUCCAAAACCAGUUCGUCUGCCUCAAAGAAAAAGGCAACAUCGACUCCAGCUUCGGAGUCAUCAACAAAAAAAGUGAAAAUACCGAAGAACUAUAUUGUUAGGCCAUCACCAAAUAAUUCAGCGAGGUCAUCGAACAAGGUAUUUAUAAAUAGUGAGAUAUUACAGGCAUUGGAAAUUUCAAAUGGAUCAAUAGUGUAUAUUUCAAAGGUAUCUGGUGGUGAAGCAGGUGUUUUGGGAACAAUUCAUAGUGAUAAUGAUAUUAUAGACAAGAAUGUUAUUGGCAUAUCCUCAAGCUUGAGGUGUUUAGGAGGACUUCUCCUUGGUGAUCGGAUCCAAAUCGAUAAAUACCUAAGCCAGCCUGAGUACGCUACUUCCGUGGAUUUACGAAUCGAAAAUGAUCAGAAUGAAAGUAUCAAAAUCGAGGGAAAAGUUUCUAAGGCACUUGAGAAAUUAUUUAAUGAAAUAGGUAUAGUGUUUCCAGGCCUCAAGCUAACCAAAGUUAGUAUACCUAAUAAUGAAGGAGGUAAUGAAGAAGAAGAUAUUAAAAUGAGUUGUACAAUUAAGGUUAUUGAUGUACUGGGUAAAGAAUCUUUGGAAGAUUCACUCAACAAAUUGUCUAUAAACGAAGAGAAGGAAAGCGAGAUUUGUAAUUCCCUGACAGUUUCUCCCGCAUAUAUAUUUAGCAAGGGCAAAACUCAGAUAAACACUUCUGUGAUCAGAGAGCCUUUGCGCUCAAAGUUUCCUCAGUUACCACAGCCUGUGGGAUAUUCCCAAGUGGGUGGUCUUUCUAGGCCAAUUGCACUCCUUCAAUCCACUAUUGAACUACCAUUGCAUAACCCAACUCUAUUUUCUGAUUUUGGGAUUUCACCACCUAGAGGUAUAUUGUUGCACGGUCCACCUGGAACUGGUAAGACCAUGCUUUUGAGAUGUGUUGCGAACGAAACAAAUGCUCAUGUUUUGACAGUGAAUGGACCAUCCAUUGUUUCUAAAUAUCUUGGAGAAACUGAAAAUGCAAUUAGAGAUAUAUUUGAAGAAGCAAGGAAGUUUCAACCUUCCAUAAUAUUUUUGGAUGAAAUCGAUUCAUUAGCCCCUAACCGGAACUCUGACGACAGUGGUGAAACUGAAUCCAGAGUUGUUGCUACCUUGUUAACUAUGAUGGAUGGAAUGGGGGAUACAGGAAGGAUUGUAGUUGUCGGUGCUACAAAUCGCCCUAAUUCUAUUGAUCCUGCUUUAAGGCGACCAGGUAGAUUCGACCAAGAGGUUGAAAUUGGAAUUCCUGAUGUUGAGGCAAGAGGUGAUAUAUUAAUAAAACAAUUUGACAAAAUGGACAAGUCUAAAUUUGACUUAACUAAAGAAGAAAUAAACUCCAUUGCAUCUAAGACACAUGGAUAUGUUGGUGCUGACUUGACAGCAUUAUGUAGAGAGUCGGUAAUGAAGGCCAUUAAUAGAAGCCUCAAGGCUAGCAUUCCACAACGUGAAAUUAAAUUGGAAUUAAGAGAUGUCGAAGAGGCAUUACCAGAAAUUAGGCCAUCAGCUAUGCGUGAAAUUUUUUUGGAAAUGCCAAAGGUAUAUUGGUCGGAUAUUGGUGGCCAGGAAGAAUUAAAGCAGAAGCUCACCGAAGUGGUACAAUUACCGUUGGAAGCUGCAGAUACGUUUAAUAAGUUAGGUGUUCUGGCACCUAAAGGUGUUCUAUUAUAUGGUCCUCCAGGUUGUUCUAAAACACUUACUGCAAAGGCCUUAGCUACCGAAUCUGGAUUAAAUUUUUUAGCCGUUAAAGGUCCAGAAAUAUUUAAUAAGUAUGUUGGUGAAUCUGAGCGUACUAUAAGAGAAAUUUUUAGAAAAGCUAGAGCUGCAUCUCCAUCCAUUAUAUUUUUCGAUGAAAUAGAUGCAAUUUCAGGUGAUAGAGAAUCAUCUGGUACUUCCGCUUCUCAAAACGUUUUAACUUCGUUAUUGAAUGAAAUCGAUGGUGUCGAAGAAUUGAAAGGUGUUGUCAUAGUUGGAGCUACAAAUAGACCUACAGAAAUCGAUCCUGCUUUGUUAAGACCUGGUAGAUUAGAUCGUCAUAUAUAUGUUUCCCCGCCAGAUUAUGAUGCCCGUUUACAAAUUUUGACAAAGGGAUGUUCCAAAUUUAAUUUGGACGGCCGUGAAGUCAACUUGAGUACGUUAGCAGACUUAACAAAUGGUUGUUCGGGAGCGGAAGUUGCAUUAUUGUGUCAUGAAGCAGGUUUAUCAGCCGUCAUGGAAGAUAAACAAGCUACAUGUGUAGAACAAAGGCAUUUUGAUCAUGCAUUGAAGGGCAUAUCUAAAGGUAUAACACAGGAUAUGUUAGAUUAUUACAAAACCUUUUCUAGUAGGAGUGGAUUAAGUAUUUAA